AUGGGAAGAGAUGGUUUUGAAGACUGCUUCAACCCAUUUUUGCUAGGUGUACUACUGACAAGUAGAGAAGCAAAAGACUGGAAUUCCUCAUUGCACAGUUUGGGGAGCAGUGAGGCAGCCCCAGGACUAAUUUCAACAGAGGUUGAAGAAACAUCACCUGAUCUGACUAUUGUCACAGAAGAACAGAAUGAAGUCAUUGAAACUAUUAAGGAUACUGAGGAUGUAAUCAGCUGUAAUAACAUGUCUACUUCUAGUAUGGACAGCUGUUUUGAAGCAAAUACUGUGUCAAAAGUUAUAAAUGAAAGUUCCCAUGAAUCCUCACAGCAAUCACACACUCAAGAAUUGGAAGAUAUGCAAGAAACUCUGGGAGAUGAAGACAAAAUACACAUGGAUUGUCAUCGCUCUGAAGAAGCUGAAGCUACAUUACAUGAUAUGACUAGAGUGACAGAAGAACAGAGCAUAGUCAUUGAAGCUGAUAAGGACAUAGAGGACACAACAAACUGCAAUAACAUUGUUAUAUCUAGCUCAGAGAGCUGUUCUAAAGUAAACUCUGGCUUAGAAGUCAUGAAUAAAAAUCUCCACAUGCCCCUACAACGAGCAACCACUUUAAGACUUGUUGAUGUGCAAAGGAUGCAAGAGGAUGAAUUAAAUAUUGGAUCAGAAGCCAUGUACAAAGGUCUUCAGGAGCCCCUCCAGCGAGCAACCACUCUAAAACAUGAUGAUGUGCAAAGAAUACAAGAGGAUGCGAUAAACACUGAGCCAGAAGCCAUGAACAAAAGUCUCCAAGAGCCUCCACAACAAGCAACCACCCCAGAACUUAAUGAAAUGCAAAGAAUACAAGGGGGUGAUGACAUAAAGCUGCAAAAACAGAACAUUAACAAAGAAGGAAACACAAACCAAAGUAGCUUAGACAAAACUACAGAACAUGAUCAGAACAAAAAUAGUGAUGAGAAACAGACAUUGGAAGCAGAGCUGCAGAAAUGUAUUGAUGAUUUGAAAAACCUUAAAAUACCCUCUACCUUCUUGAAGAAACAGAGGCACUGGCAAAAUGAACUGCUAAAGAAAUAUGAUAUGUGAACCUAUAAGAAAUAAGUUGAAUAUUGGAAUAAGUAUGAUGUUUAGUUUCCUUGCCAGCUCUCUCCUGGCAGAGAUAAAAAAUGAAAUGUUGAUAAUGUAAGUAUCACUAUGUUAAAAUCUAUCACAAUGUUAAGAUUAUCAAAACAGCUGGACAUUACCUAUUUAACAAUAAGUAGGUUAAUAGAUGAUGCAUUAGUAUUUUACUUAUCAUAAUUUUCUCACUUAUCUCUUAAUGUUCACUCACACUUUAUGUUCAAAUCCAAAUGCAAGGUAUAAGUGGAAAUGUAUUCAUUCACAUGGCUGUAGUCACAGUUUAAUUAACUGUACAGAUUCCAUUCAUGUUUAAAAUUAGUAAAUUAGUAAGGUGGAACUCAGAAAAUCCUAGUUUCCUUUCUAAUGAGUGGGCUUAUCAAGAUAUAGAUGUGAUUUUAAGCAA